GCAAGCCAACAAAGAACACACCUUCACUACCUUCCUGCAAGAUAAACUAUCAAAAAGAGAAAAGAGACAUUGAUGAAGCAUAUUCAUGUAAUCCACACUCCAGAACUCGCCUCGCGUAUUGCUCAAUAUCUGUCACCUCAUGAAUUAACCGUCUGCCUUCGUGUUAACCACUCGUGGUUACAGGCUUUCGUUGAGGCGCUCUAUAAACACAUUUGCACCUUUGACUUUGGACAGCAUCUCUUCAACAUCCAAGAUGAAACCCCAUCUCCCAAUCAUUCUCAGGAACAGAAAACAUUACCCAUGCUACAGAACACGGACAACAUCGUGUUCCCUCGAGCCCUAGCUUACUCUACUCUAAUCAAGACCAUUGUGGUCGCCAAUGUCCACUCCUUCCUCUUUUUGGCUGGUAAUUGUACCAACCUUACACAUGCCAGCGUCAAUUCAAAUUUGACUGAUCUCUAUGCACUCGGCCAUCGGGCCUCACCAAGCCUCUGCGCUGAACAACAGUUUUGGCGAGAUUUCUUUAAGAUGACCACUCUGGCCCAAACAGCUGAUAUUUGGGUGAAUUUGAUCAACAAAAACAGGUCGUUAAGCUUUGUACGAAUGGAACUUUGGCGCGUUAAAGGAGUUGAUAAGAUCGCCGAGGCGUUGGGAACCCUACAGCAUCUAAAGGUGCUUUCUGUCCAUUUAGCUGAGCAGUCCGAUGCUUGUCAAGCAUUCCUUGACCAUUGUCCAAGCAUUGAGACACUAGUCUGGGACUCAAGUAACGGUACUCAAAGGAUUGCGUUGUGCCCUCAGUUCCCAACACAGAUCCGACAUCUUCAGUUGGAUGGCUGGUCCUUAAUUGACCCUCUUCUGGUAGACUACAUAAUUAGGAGAUGUCCUCGCUUGGAACGCCUGUCUCUUCCAUUCAAGGCCAGCAAUGAACUUCUCUUUACAGUUGCAAAUUCCAUCCAGCUCUCAGGGUGUUUUGCAACGCUCGAGCGCAUUGACUUUGACUGCCUUCAAUCGUCGGAAUCUGGGAAUAUGUCUUUAGAUCGACUUUUAACCGCUAGUGGUUGCUUGUUAUCUAUAUCUUUUUCUAGGGCUUUUGGUGAUUUAGAUGCAGCAUUUUAUUUGAGACACUAUGAUCUGAGCCAUCGAUUAGAGAGAUUUUCUUUUCACUUUUCGUUUAUCGGCAUGGAGCUGAACGAUGUAGUAACUGUAUUAGAAAUAUGUCCGAAAUUACAGCUGUUUGAGAUCGAGGGUGCCUCUGUCAAUGUCGAGCGAUUUUUACAAAUGUUGCCUUGGGGGUGUAGGAGUUCACUCAAAAGACUUCGCAUGAGCAUCAGCUGCAGUGAGGCUCAACUGAAUCAUUUUAAGGAGGAGGAGAAUGGUUUAAGUGUGAGUGGUGCAGACGACGCAACCUUUUCAGAAAGCGAGCAUCGACGCAAACAGGAUCAGAUUAUAAAUAUUUUGGCACAACUUUGGACAUUGGAAGAGUUAGUGCUGGAUCCAUGCGCAAUCACAUUCAGGGUUGUCUCGUUCCCAUUAAAAAUAGAUAGAGAUAUCCUCAACUCUAUGCACAAGCUCCGUCAUUUGCGGUUACUGAGCGUUCUGGGGACGCGAUAUGUCAUCUAGAGAUCUUGAUCGCGCUUCGCAUCCAACGCAUCUCUUGUCUAUUAUCGUAUUUAUUAAUUUGUCCGUCUUGUUUGGUCAGUAAUUCAUGUCAAAGUCAAACUGAUGAUUGGUUUUUACAUCACCGCUUCGUGGUGAGCAAACUAAUCAGGCACACCAUACCCAUGAGUUGUCUUCCAAAUGAAGCGGUUAUAUUUUUCUGUGCUUAUUUAUCUCCACUAUUUAUUUAGCAAUUAUACCAUUUUAUGUAACGUUCCUUGUAUAUGCGCUUCUUUUUCUCUUUCUUCAUCAUAAAAGCAC